AUGGCCCAAGUGGUUAGAGCGCGAAGGUCCGGAAGGUCCGUGGUUCGUACCAGACCUCUGUUUUCCGACUUCUCCUGUCUAGGUUUGGGCAACUUGGCAGUAUCCCGUCCCUCGUGCAGCCUUCGGGUGGCACGGCAGUUGACGGAAACUCGGGGACUGCGCCUUCCUGAUGAGCCCCAAGAAGGGCGAAACCGGUCGUGGGCCGUCGAAGAGUUUUCAGCAACCUUGAUUGCGAGGCUAACGGAGGAAAAUCGGAAGCUUCUGCAACAAAUGUCGGAGUUACAGAGACAGUCUGUUACGUCGAAUAACACCGCCACAUAUAACGGAAAUGUGAUACAGCCUAACCUUCGAGCAUUUGUAGACAGCCUGGAAAAUGAACUUUUCGAGGAAAGAACAAAUUCCGCUCGUCAGGCUGCUCAGCAUCGCUAUGAACUCCAACGACUUCGCACUGAUCUGGAUGCAGCCUAUGCAAGUCAGCGGAGCUUGUACGAACGAAUAGAUCAGUUGACAACUGAGUUGAAGCUAAUCAAAAGAAACGGUGGUUGUCGAUCAUUUUCGUCCGACCGAUUCAACAGAAGAAGCUGUAGCUUGGAUCUUCGCGAUGGUAAUUCCUCAAACUUCCUCCGUCGAAGCAUUUCGCCAUUCGUACACGCCUCACGCAGAACGGGCAGUGUCAGUCCCAGUUACCACCGACCAAGUGCUUCCCCGGUCUCUCAGACUCAUCGCUACAUGCUUGCCACAUCUAGCGGCAGCCACUUUACAUCUCGAGCAAACAGCGCGUUUUCACCUACCGCGCGCCCCCGGCGGCUAUCAUCAUCGGAACGACAAUAUCAGGUGGCGUGUUCAGUGACUGCAUGUCCAUUAGCAUGA